AUGGCUUGCGGGGUUCGCAAGUUGGCUGCAAACUUGGCUCAUCCCCGUGGUGCUGCCAAGCGCCUCGGCCUGGGAGAGGCGGUGGUGGAACAAGAGGCGAAACUGGCUGCUAGCCAUGUAGCCACGCAGACUGAUACGAGUCUGGAGGUGUGUCGGUCUGAGGCAUGUGUGGCUACUCUGGCUGAGCUGACGCCGGACGCCUUUGCUGCGCCGGCCUUAAACGAUAUUAUGGAUUGUGAGCUGGAAACCCGUGAGAACGUGAGCGGCAUGGAUGAGAUGGAGUGCGAGUCUGCGGAUGGUGAUGUCGAUGCCGCG